GACACAUGCGACCCGGAAGGUCUUCCAGUCACACUCCAGCUCGGGCGUGAGGUUCGCCGAUGGCGGAGGGAGCGCUGGAGGCUCCAGGAGAGGAUGGUAGUGGCGGCCGCGACUCAGGAGUCAGCACGUCGGAACGGGGCGUGGCGCCCAUUAAACCUCAAUACCUCACCACCAAGGAGCAGUUUCACAAAUUCCUAGAAACCAACGAGCAUGAGAAGCCUUGCCAGAAAACCGAGGUAGGAGACCCUGGUGGCAAUGACCUGGCUGAACCUGAAGCCAAGCGGAUCCACCUGGAGGAGGGACAGACAGAUGAGGCAGCUGAGCAUGGGGAACAGCUGCUGGCUUGUAAGAGGGCCCGGGGGCAGAACAAGAGCCGGCCUCACAUGAAGCCCACACACUACGACAAGAACAGGCUCUGCCCCUCCCUGAUCCAGGGGUCGGUGGCUAAGUGCUUCUUUGGUGACCGCUGCCGAUUCCUGCAUGAUGUGGGCUGCUACCUGGAGACAAAGCCAGCUGAUUUGGGCCCCCGCUGUGUGCUAUUUGAGACCUUUGGCAGGUGCCCUUAUGGUGUGACCUGCCGCUUUGCCAUGGCACAUCUGGGGCCAGAGGGCCAGAACUUGGUACAGGAGGAUCUGGUAGCCCGCUGGGCCCGCCUCUCACCCGUUGUCUGCAAUGGCCUGGAUAAAACUCUGCAGCAGCAGCUGCGGAAGCGUAAGAUCCACUUUGAGCGAGCAGAGAAGACCCUGCGCCAGCUAAGCCAGGACUCCCCACCUGCUGCAGCUCUCCGUGAGGUCACAGCAGCUGAGGGUGCUCCAGGGCACUCUGAGUCCCAGGAGGAACUUUCAUCCCUGGCCACUGGCACCCCUCCCCCUCCAGUGCGGACCUGUGGGCCUCUGACGGAUGAGGACAUCAUUAGGCUGCGGCCCUGUGAGAAGAAGCAGCUGGAUAUCAGUGGCAAACUGUAUCUGGCCCCCCUUACCACGUGUGGGAACCUGCCCUUUAGGCGGAUCUGUAAACGCUUUGGGGCAGAUGUGACCUGUGGGGAAAUGGCUGUCUGCACUAACCUCCUGCAGGGACAGAUGUCUGAGUGGGCUCUGCUCAAACGCCACCAGUGUGAGGAUAUCUUUGGUGUUCAGUUGGAGGGUGCCUUCCCUGACACCAUGACCAAGUGUGCCGAGUUGCUGAACCGCACCAUUGAGGUGGACUUUGUGGACAUCAAUGUCGGCUGCCCCAUUGACCUUGUGUACAAGAAGGGUGGGGGCUGUGCCCUCAUGAAUCGCUCCACUAAGUUCCAGCAGAUCGUCCGUGGCAUGAACCAGGUGCUGGACGUGCCACUGACGGUGAAGAUCCGCACUGGUGUCCAGGAGCGUGUGAACUUGGCACACCGCCUGCUGCCUGAGCUGUGGGGCUGGGGUGCGGCCCUUGUCACGCUCCAUGGCCGUUCUCGGGAGCAACGUUACACCAAGCUGGCCGACUGGCAGUAUAUCGAGCAGUGUGUGAAGGCAGCCAGCCCCAUGCCUCUGUUUGGAAAUGGGGACAUCUUGUCAUAUGAGGAUGCCAACCGCGCCAUGCAGACUGGUGUUGCUGGGAUUAUGAUUGCCCGUGGCGCCCUGCUGAAGCCUUGGUUAUUCACGGAGAUCAAGGAGCAGCGGCACUGGGACAUCUCGUCAUCUGAGCGCCUGGACAUCCUGCGGGACUUCACAGACUAUGGCCUGGAGCACUGGGGCUCUGACACGCAGGGUGUGGAGAAGACACGGCGCUUCAUGCUUGAGUGGCUUUCUUUCUUGUGCAGGUAUGUGCCCGUGGGUCUGCUGGAGCAGCUCCCACAGAGGAUCAAUGAGCGCCCCCCAUACUAUCUGGGCCGUGACUACCUGGAGACUCUGAUGGCCAGUCAAAAGGCUUCUGACUGGAUCCGCAUCAGUGAGAUGCUCCUUGGACCAGUGCCCCCCAAUUUUGUUUUCCUGCCAAAACACAAGGCCAAUGCAUACAAAUAGCUGUGGAUGCCAGGGUCGGGCGGAGGCCUUCUGAGGACCCCCCAAGUAAAUGGAGGAGGACAAUAAAUUUUAUUCUCUUAAAAUCCAGGCCUUUCUGUGAUUUGCGGCUGCCACUUCCUGGUCCCCCCCAGAACUUGCCCUUUGGCUGCUCCUUCCUCCUGAUUUGGUCACUCAUUUGUGGAGGCUCCUGGCCACCCCCAUGCGCCCUUGACUGGGAGGAAGGAAGUAGGGUGUGUAGGCUGGGCAGGCUUGGUCUGCCUGGGUGUGGAUUAGGGCAGCCUGCCUGGAGGAGGCAGCUUCACAGCUGUUAAAUGGGUAUUGCUGGAAAAGGCAGAAGGCAAGGAACCUCACUUCAGGUCCAUUUGUCCUGUGGGCACCCCGUCUGUUCCCUGGGCCACUCCCACACCCGGAACUCUGACCAGUGUGUGGGCUGUGGCCUGGAACCCUCUGCUUGGAGUAACCAGGCAAACAGAACUCUAUGGGACUCUGAGUCUGUUCUCUGGGUGAGCUACCUGUGCUCCCUCCUGACCUGCCAGGCAGGGCCACCACCACCUCCCUAUGCAGCACCCCAAAACCUUCUACGCACCUGCAGCUCCCCAAGAAGGCUUCGGGCCUCGGGGUCUGGAAGGUGCUGAGGGGCUGGGCAGCCAGCCUACUCCUGCCUGUGCAGAGCCUCCUCCUGCUGUGGGUACGAGCUGGGGUGAGCAGGGUGCCCAGCAGGAUGGGGGCCCAGGGCUCUUGCCCACCAGCCCCAGGGACCCACCCACCCUGGCACCUUUG